AUGGGACUGGAAUACCUGGGUCUGGAUGCCGUGGGAUGGCAUCGAAUGACCACAACAUGGUGGGAUAAGGUGAUAGCAGCAUGUUUAUUAACGACUAUUGUUCUUGGUGCUGUAUUCGUUUUGAGCUUUAUAGCUCGAAAGAUCUACAGAGUCUGGCAGAGGCGGCAUCAACUCUCCGUGGUCCCAACGGCCAUUGCCCGUUAUUUGGACCAACUCAAAACAAACAAUGCCCCCCUUGCGUCGGAGAAACCGCCCGCGAAGGAGCUUAAAUCGUUUGGUGUUUUUCUCGGCGGGUUUUCUAAUCCUCCGACACCUGCCGAAUCUCAAUUGCUAUCGCAAUGGGAUAUUCUCGUCGUAGAUCCCCUCCAACCUGGGGUUUUGGAUGCGCUUACGGGUCACUGCACGUCAUCGCACAUUCUUACGCGCCUUGACGUCCGAAGUCUAGUGCGCUCUGAUGCCUGUCGCAACAAUGAUGAAGCCCUCCAAGCUCUGGAAACGGUUGUCCAGACGCUAUCCAGUACUAUCAAGCGCGACCAGAGCAGCACAUCGCCCUUCCACGGGGUACUCUUGGCCGACUGCCACGCGCAUUUCCAACCAGUGAUCUUAAAUGAAUUGGUCAAGUACAUGAACCACCUUGGGCUAGCCGUAUGGCUGGAAUUGGCGCCACCGGCCUACCUCAGUGAGAAGCAAGGCCGGGCCAUCAACAUGCAGCAAAUUCGUGGCGUGGUUUAUAGAAAUGGUACGAUCUUGCAAAAUGGAGACAGGCGCAAUUACUUCCAGAUGGCCGAGAUGCGUACUGCCAUGCGGGCCGUGGCAUCCCAGAAAGCUGUUGGCGACUCGGCUAUUGCUAUGUGGGAUACGAUUGACGACAACGUCGAACUCACGCAUCAUGUUCUCGGACGCAGCUUCAAGUGGUGCAACUACAACAGUGCUCUGUGUUGGAUCGCACCCCAGUCUGCGCUAACGAAUGCGGAUAUUGCCGUCACAAGAACAGUGACACAGGAGCCCCUGGGGGCUAUGAUGUGGCUGAAGCGCGGCGAAGUUUUGGAAGCGCAUGACGUUUGGAGGCUGAAUGACAAGAUCCGCCAAACGCCGUGCGGAUAUGACGAAACGUACGAAUCGUUGGAGUCCUUUGUCCCGGACCUGAAGGCAAAGCUUGCGCUGUCGCCUCCAGUAAAAUCUCGACAGUCCGAUAGUGCAGGCACUGCGAUCGAGGGACUCGAAUGGUCUGGAAGAACCGAAAGUUCACAAACAGAUAUUCUGUCUGUUUCCCCUGCUGGAGCGAGCUAUACCGGACUCGCAUGCUUUCAGAUUGGUCUGGAUUGCACAUCCAAGGAUGUCACGGACCUCGUCGAAGGCCAAAGACAAGUUAGAGACCUCGAUCUGCUUCAACGCCUCAAUGCAGAAGAUCUUCGCCAAGUAACCGAGCCAUUGCGCGCCUUGCUGAAGGCACAGAACUCGCACACCUAUCUUUCGUCGGAACUGCAGUCAAUUAAGGACUUGGUUGACCUCCUCUCGGUUUGCAGGGGUGACGACAAUGACCGUCUUCGAAUUUACGUCGGCUUGCAUUCGGGCUUCCGCACUCGUCUUGGAAGUCAGAUUUGGGGCCUGCACGAUCUCGAUUCAAGCAUGGGCGUGCUAAACAUUUAUCUGUCGGGAAAGACACAAGAUCGCACCGGAACCAUUCUCCACACGUACCUGGCCAACAGAGGGUUCAGCCGCUCUCGCUGCUUCUUGGCAGAGAUGGCCUUGGCCGCAGAGAACCAGACCCUAUCGGAAACGUGGGGGUUGCCUAAGCGCAUGGUGGAUGAUAUCGAACAGCUUACCCCGGCAGAGACUUUGGCUUGGCUGCGACGACUGGCCUUAUCAAGCCAUGAUGACCCGAUGAAAAUGUCUGCCAAACUUCGCGCCUGUGGUGAAUAUCAACUUCUGGAAGCCCCAACCCUCGCACAACUCCGUGCUCAGUGCUCAAGUGAGUAUCUAGAUGGAGAGAUCUCGGCAGCGGAGCUGGUCUCCUCACGCCUCGCGUGGCUCAGGGAACAGGGCUGUUGGUGUCCUGAUGCCUCGGCUGCCGAAGCGCUGUUUCUCGAGAUUGAUGCUCGGUUGCCAGCUCUUCUUAUGAACGGAGAGGCAGAAGUUCUCGACAAAUUAGCCACAGUAUUCGAAUCCAUUCUUCAGAAGGGCACUAUCGACGCGGGUGCCGAUCUUCUAGCUCUGAGCGUGUUUUGUGCCUUCCGUCGGCUUGCUCUGAACGAGAUAUACCUAGAAGUCCUUGACCGCAACCCCCUACCGAAUCUCGAGCCCGUGCAAGCAGCAUGUUUUGCUGAGAUGUAUGCCUGUGGUGCCCGCACGGACAUGUACUUUGAUAUGACACCGAAACGCAUGGGUAAAAUCAUCUGGCGUUGGUACCGCGCAUAUUAUCACGAGCACCAGCCACCUCAACGAGAGGAGAUUUUCACUGAGCUGCCGACGGCGUAUGCCUCCAUGAAUGUGGAUCUGGACCCAGAAGGGGAAAAGGACACUGCAUCGUGGCACUAUCGACUCACAUUCCUGGGAAUCUUUGCUGUACCUGCACUCAUUGAUAUUAGGGUUUUAUUAUUAUUAGGGUUUUAUUAG